CAAGGGGACGAUUUGCAAUAAGAAGACCAAGGCAGCGAUGAGAGGGGCUACGAGGUUGUUGGGUCGAGCUCUUCGUCUCCGACUCCAACAAGACUGCAAUCGUUCUCUAUAUCUAUAUCGCCGUUCCAUUUGUGCUUCUUCAAUAUCACCCAAUUCUCAUCGCCGACACACGACUACUGGUGUCUUUGAUUUGAGGUGCUUGUUAAGAUCGUCUUUGAACCCUCAGCCAUGGAUCAAUUUCGGAGGGCAGAGGAGAACUAUGUUCAUUCAAACCCAAUCCACACCAAAUCCCUCAUCACUUAUGUUCUAUCCGGGAAAGCCUGUCAUGGAAGUUGGCAGUGCUGAUUUUCCAAAUUCUCGUUCAGCCAUGAAUUCUCCUUUGGCCAGGGCUCUCUAUGGAAUUGAUGGUGUCACUCGAGUCUUCUUUGGAUUGGAUUUUGUAACUAUAACAAAGUCUGAUGAUGCUUCUUGGGAUCUUCUCAAGCCUGAAGCUUUUGCAGCAAUUAUGGACUUCUAUUCUUCUGGGCAGCCACUUUUCCUUGACUCAGAGUCAGCUGCAGCCAAGGACACAGCAAUUCUGGAAGAUGACUCAGAAAUUGUUGCAAUGAUAAAAGAACUGUUGGAGACUCGGAUUCGACCUGCAGUACAAGAUGAUGGUGGGGAUAUUGAGUAUCGGGGAUUUGACGAAGAAAGUGGAAUAGUCAAAUUGAAAAUGCAAGGAGCUUGCAGUGGCUGUCCGAGCUCAUCUGUCACUUUGAAAUCCGGCAUUGAAAAUAUGCUCAUGCAUUAUGUACCCGAGGUCAAAGGUGUGGAGCAAGAGUUAGAUGCCGAGGAUGAGGACACAGCAUUAGCUGGCCAGAUGGAGUAGUUGAAAAGUUUUCACCGCUUGAUUGUGAGUCAUUUAUCGAGAAGGCAUAGUUGAGUUGGCUCGGAAUUGACGUUUGCAGGCUCUCCUGUACAGUAGCAGCACAAAAUGCCUGAUAUAUGUUUUAUAGUUAUUGGUAGAUGACUAGAUUGAAUAAGUAUGCAUGUUUGUUUAGCUGUACAAUGUUGAAUAAAUCACAGGAAAUGUGGCUCUAAUCCUCUUUACGAACUUUCUGUCCUCUGUUGGAGAAUGGUCUGAAUAUACAGUACUAAUCAAUUUUGUUGAGUAUAUGAUCAGAUGAGUAAGUUUUGGUGUGUUU